AUGAUUCUGUCUAGCGCACGCCUGGAACUCGGCGACAUCACACAUCAUAACGUCAAGCAGUUGAAGCGCAUAAACCAAAUAGUUUUCCCAGUUAGCUACAAUGAUCGUUUCUACAAGGACAUUCUCGAAGCCAACCAAUUGGCGAAAUUUGCCUAUUUCAAUGACAUCGUCGUUGGGGCGGUCUGUUGCCGCGUUAGUGUUACCGAUGGUCAUCGAAAGAUGUACAUAAUGACGUUAGGUUGCCUUCCAGCGUACAGAAGACUGGGAUUAGGUUUACACGUGCAGAUCAACAACGAAGGCGCGCUGGAAUUUUACAAGAAGUUCGAUUUCAAAGUGGUCGAAAUGGCACAUAAUUACUACAAGCGUAUCGAGCCGGCCGACGCGUACGUUUUGGAGAAACGGCUUCAUGAGCCCGUCAUCGUAACGGACAAAACGAAAGACGUGAAACUUUGA